GAUACAGCAGAGGAGCAGAACGUCCUGGAGAAAAUUCCUGUUUGCGCUAAGGAUCCUCGGAAAAAUAAACCUGGUUUUUGUUUUUAACAGCGUUCCAGCCUAGACUGAGGGGAUGAGGUCUUGUCUUCUGCUUUGUGUCCUGUGCCUGAUGGUUGCUAAAGGCCUUUCCACGUCACCAUGUGUGUGUAAUGAUGGACCUCCAGGAUCACCUGGACCUAGUGGACCACCUGGAGCCCCUGGAUUCCCUGGAAUCCAUGGAAAGCCUGGAAGCGAUGGAAGGCCUGGAUUCUCUGGAAUACCUGGAGCCCCUGGACCACCUGGACCAGUUAUAAUGUGUGGUAGAGAUGUCUUUGGAGCUAUUGCACAGGAUGUUGACACACUGAUGAAGACCACUGCUAAGUUUGAACUGGCUGCAAAUUUUGACUUUACACGGAGGGUUGGGCAGAAAUACUUUGUGUCCAACAAACUCAGAGGCUCCUUCCAGGAGGCCGUCGAGUUCUGCUCUCAACAAGGUUUAGAGCUGGCUUUACCCCACAAGGACCAGGAGAACCGCAUCCUGACUCAGCUGUUUGGUGACGUGGCUAACGUAGCCUGGAUCAACGUCAACAAUAGGGCAGUGGCAAACUUUCAAUCUGACAUGAAAAACCAGCGUCUCACCUUCACCAACUGGGAAGGAGGACAACCAGAUGAAUCCAUCCAGGAUACUGGCUGCACCACGCUGCUAGACAAUGGCUACUGGCGAGUGACGCGCGACUGCUCCCUGAACGCUUACAUCAUCUGUCAAAUAUAGACCCCCAUGGAGUAACGUUAAGGACACAAAUCUUACUUUUCACAUAUUCCUUUUAUUGUACGGUAUUCAUUGUAGAGUCGUACAAAGAGGUCUGUAAGAAGUGUUCCAGAAAUGAAACCAGUUUAAUCAAGUGAGACUGCUGAUCAGCACAUUUAACUACACGUAACCAAUGAAAAAUAACCAUUAAAUCAACACGGGUGAAGGAAUGGAAAUGAUGUUUGUUGUACCCUCUUUUACUUAUUUUCUUUAUUUGGAUAAUACAUGGAAAGCUCUUUAUUAAAACCAUAAGUACGUUUUCCUCAAAAAUCCAUCACACUGAAUCCGCGAUCACCCUGUGAUCACAUCGCAAAGAUGUUUGUUGCUGUUACAAGUUUAAUUUCAAGGAAAACAUUGAUGUUGGACAAGAUUAAGAUAAUUUAGUCAGAAAUGAAAGUGGGUAUUCUGGAAAAAUCCCCUGCCUCCAAAAUCCUCCAGAAACAUCUGUGAAUAUCAUUACGAUGAACCCAUCUGUGGGCAGUAAUUUGUUUUAUGCGUAUGAACAUUUAUGACUUACACUUGAAUGACAAGAAAAAAAAUGUUAUUUCAUUUUCACACAUAUUAAAUUUGAAAAAUGAUUUGCCACAACUUGAAUCCAAAGUAAACCUAUGAGGUUUCUUUGUGUUAUGUUAAUAAACAUCAAUGGGUGCUCGGUUGUUAGGUGCUAAGAUGCAGAUGAUAUUAAAAAAAAGAUAAUGCUAUAGGCCUACGCUGCAGGGGGACUCCGACAUGAUCCACUGUGCCCAUCACGCCUCCUUCUCUUUCCUUCCUCAGUUAAUAAUAAGAAGUAUCUCAUCACCAUCAUUGUUCUCCAUUGUUCUUGUAGUUUGUUGUGUCGGUCUGCUACCUCCUUUUCUCUUAUGGACAUGUUUGCAGGCCGGAGCUUCAGGAGUUGCAUGGUGACCUGCAGUCCCACCCUCUGAUCAUCCCACUGCUUGCUUCCACCUGUCUGUGUGGAUGCUUUGUAGACGCCUGCUGAAAUCCUGACCUGCAGCCCCCCCCUCUGACCACCUCAGUGUCUGCUGUCUACAUCUGCUUAUAUAGUCAUCCCUGUACUGCAGUAGUUAGGCAUUGUGUCUCUGUCUCUCCUCACUCUGUUCUUCAUUGAUCAUAACAUUCUUCUCAGCAGACUGGAAAAGUGGGUGGGACUUACCGGCACUGUGCUUCAAUGGUUUAAAUCUUACUUACAAGAUAGGGCCUUUUUUGUGUCAAUAGGAAACCAUGAGUCUAAGAGAACCAAGAUCACAUGUGGGGUUCCUCAAGGGUCCAUUGUCAGACCACUUCUAUUCAACAUCUACAGUAUAUGCUACCCCUAGCUCAGAUUAUGGAACAUCACAACAUUUCCUACCAUACUUAUGCCGAUGACACACAGCUUUAUAUUUCAGUGUCACCACAUGACUACAGCCCCCUGAUCUCAUUGAGUAACUGUAUUCACCAAAUCAAUGAGUGGAUGUGCCAGAAUUUUCUCCAGCUAAAUGCAGAAAAGACAGAGGUGAUAAUUUUUGGCCCUAAAAAUGAAAGGGAAAAGAUCAGCGCUCACCUUGGCUCCAUGUCAUUGACAGCUACGAAUCAAGCCAGAAAUCUUGGUGUAAUUAUUGACUCAGACCUGAACUUCAACAGCCAUCUAAAGUUUAUCACCAAAUCUGCCUAUUACCACCUAAAAAACAUUGCUAGAAUUAAGGGUAAUAUGUCUAAACACGACAUGGAAAAACUUAUUCAUGCAUUCAUUUUCAGUAGGUUGGAUUAUUGCAAUGGCAUCUUUACAGGCCUUAACAAGAAAUCAAUCAGGCAGCUGCAGCUGAUCCAGAACGCUGCCGCCAGAGUCCUUACAAACACCAGGAAACUGGACCACAUUACACCAGUCAUGAAAUCACUACACUGGCUUCCAGUGAGUCAAAGGAUAGAGUUUAAAAUCUUACUGCUGGUCUACAAAGACCUGAAUGGUCUUGGACCAAAAUACAUGCUGGAUCUGUUAGUUCCUAUGACGCUCCCAGACCCCUGAGGUUCAUCUGGAUCUGGUUUGUUGUGGUUCCAGAACCAGAACCAAGCAAGGUGAGGCAGCGUUCAGUUAUUCUGCUCCUCACCGGUGGAACAAACUUCCUGUAGACCUGAGGUCUGCUCCAACUGUCAGCUCCUUCAAAUCAGGGUUAAAAACAUUACUGUCUACUGAAGUGUACUCUUA